AUGGAACGCCGCUGGCGCAGCGCGCCGUUCUGCGCGUCGCAUGGGGGGGCUGAGCUAGGCCGGUAUCGUUACGCGAGGCGGCAGCGUCGGCACAUGAUCGAUCAGCGUCCGGCGGCGCGUAACGAUCAUGCCCCCGCAUUCACCUCAGCGAUGCCGCAUGCCUUCUUGCCCAGAUCCACACCGAGGAUCACGACAGACAUUGGUCCGUUCUUCCUCUCCACCACCUUCGGCACCAUAACCGAUGUCAGCGUAAGGCGCGGCCUAACCCAUAGUGUCCGAAGUCGGAAAGCGGAGGGCGGAUGCCUGAUCCUGUCGCCUUUGCGGGCCCGAACCCUGCCCGAUGGUAAAAGGCUUGCGCCCGGGCAUUGUCGCGGGCGACUUCCAAUAGAAUCGCGGCACCGGCACGGGCGGCUUCGUCUUUCACGGCAUUCAAGACGGCGCGCCCGAUCCCGAGACCCUGCGUCGACCACCAGCGCGAAGUCGACGAUCUGCCAAGGCCGAGCGUCCCGGUUCAGGCAUAUCCGCCCGACCGCCACGCCAUCGGUGAUGAUCAUGCGCCGAUCGGCGCCGGGAUGGUGGCCGCGAUAUGGCGUUCCUGAAGGCGAUGCUGCUGGUCGAGCAGGGGAGCGAGCAAGGCGGCGGGAAGGUCGAAACCGGGCGGCGCGCGCCAGUGGCUGGCAUGGGCGCGACGGAUCACCGCCGCGUCGGCUGGGCACUCGUCACGGAAUGUGA